AUGAAUCGUCACAAAUUUGGAGUUUCUCUCCACUUUACCCCAACGCAGUCACCAAGAUAUACAUCAUAUGGAAAUGUAAAAGUCGGUCCAAAUGUCCACUUCUUUGCAAGGAUGAGUGGAACAAAAACCUUGAAUAUGAAUUCAAUAGUCGUAUUUGAUGAAGAAAUUGACGAUUACGAUAACAACUACAAUCGAGGAGAUGGUAUAUUUGUUGCUCCGGUCACAGGAUUUUACCAAUUUUCGUGGACUCUUUUUACUGCCAGCAAAAAGAAUAUUUAUACUGAGCUACGAGUAGAUAAUUUUGUUAUCGAUGUUGCCUAUGAUUACAGUAGUGCUGGCUCUACAAGUGUUUCCAAAACUGUCAUUUGUAAGGUUAAGAAAGGGAAUCAUGUGUGGAUUCAGACUGGUGGCCAAUAUUCGGAGAACUAUUUCUACAAAUAUGUUGGGUCUAAGAAUUCGUUUAUGGGACUGUUGCUCCAUGAAGCAAAUUCCUAA